CGCCGCCCCGUGGCGGCAAAAAUCUGUCGCGUGACAGUCGAUGCACCAAGUGUAGCGUGCAUGUAAAGUAACUAACACUGACAACAAAAUACGCGUUAACGUUGCACAUGAACGCUCGUUUAAUACUGUCCAAUAGCGGACAGCCGUAAAAUCUCCCUCGCUAUUGUGGGGGGGAUAUUGCGUCGUGACGUCGCACGACCGGUAGCGCGGUGACGUCACGCGCCGCGCUCUCGGGCGGUGUGACGGAAGGCGAAGCCGCAGUAAAGGACGUCAUCACGUCGUUUACGCGAUGACGUCGCGUGCCGGCGCUGUGCAAAUGACGCAAUUACGUAUCGAGGCGCGGGCCGGCGUCUUCCGUCCCGCCCUUGCGUGGUGACGUCACGGCCCUGUGUUUACGAGGUGACGUCACGGCCCAUCGUUCUUCAGUGCUCUCUGCGUCGCGACCUGGACCCAGCGGCUCCCUCCCCGUCUCCAGUCUGUUGACCGAGUGGCGCAUGACGGGACCUUUUUAACGGACAGCAGCGCACGCGGGGGAGUGGAUAAGGUCGCGUCACAGUUGGACCUUGCUCCUCACGCACUCGCGGGCAGCUCGACAGGUGCUACGGCGGCGCAGCUCGGGGGCACAGCAGCAGUGGUGGCACAACUCUGAAGCAGGACCGCCGCAGCUAUGUUACAGGCCUGUUGGUGCACGGGCGUCAACAUGAGCUGCGAGCAUGGGCGCAGCCUGGUGGACAUCAUACGGGAGAAGUACAACCCCGACAACUACCCAGUGCGGCGCAUCAUCCUCAACACCCCGCCGCAGAUAACGCCACGUGAUUAUCUCAACGUGCCUCCCAUCCUGGUGCUCAACAUGUGCGACAUCGCAGCUGCCGGUGACGAGUCACAAAUAUUGGAGCUGUGCAGUCACGUGACCGAGCUCGACCUAUCGCACAACAGCUUCAAGGACUGGGAAGAGAUCGGCAAAAUUGUUGGGCAGAUGCCGAGGAUGCAGUUUCUCAACCUGAGCGCCAACCCUUUGGGGACGUGCCCCUCACCACCCAGCCUGCGCCUGCCAUCCCUGCGCAAGCUGGUACUCAACAACACCAAGACGUCCUGGGAAACGGUUCACACCCUCUUGAGAAAUAUGCCACAGCUGGAGGAGUUGUUCCUGUGCCUCAACGACUAUACAACGGUGGUGGUGUCGCCUGACGUCUACCACAACAUGAAGCUGCUGCACAUCACCGACAACCAGCUCCGCGAGUGGCAGGAUGUGCUCAUGCUGGGCCUCAUCUUCCCAUCUCUGGAGACCAUGGUUCUGUCCAACAACCGUGUGGGCAGCCUGAGCUCUGAGCCGGCAGAGCUCACGCAAGCCUUCACCAACCUGAAGCACCUCAACCUGCACAACUGGGGCCUGUCAGACUGGUCCGACGUGGAGAAGCUGAAUCACUUUCCGUCGCUGGAAGAGCUGCGUCUCCUGGGCAUCCCCCUACUGUCCGAGUAUAAUGAUGAGCAGAGGCGCAAACUCACCGUCGCCAGGCUCCCCGCGGUGCAGGUGCUCAACGGAAGCUGGGUGAGCGAUAGCGAGCGGGAAGACGCCGAGAGGUUCUUCAUCCGGUACUACAUGGACUUCCCCACCAAUCAGCAGCCUCCCCGGCUGGCGGAGCUCCAGGAGCGGCACGGGCAGCUGGAGCCGCUGGCCGAAGUGGACCUGACGCCGAAAGAUGUCGCGCAAGUGCAGGUACAUUUCGACGGCUGCUGCAGGGCACUGGCGAUCCGUCUGGACCAGACGGUGGCGCAGCUGAAGCGGGAGCUGCGCGAGGCGCUGGAGUCACGGGAGGGCACGUGCCGCAUCCGCAUCUUCCACGUGGCCGAGAACAUGGGCGCCCAAAUUGUCGAAGAGAUGCGCUUUCCGCGACGCAACGUGCACACGUACGGCGUGCGGGACGGCGACGAGAUCCACGUCAUGCGCAAGUGACGCGCCGCCCCUCGCUCCCUUGCCCUCCCUCGCGCCAGCCUUUUUACGACUGGCACGCCAGUUUGGCAUGAGUGCCACAGCGCAGUGGGGAAAUAAUUUAAAAUUAAAGGUGAAAAAUGAGUGUAUUUGCAUUUUAAUUGGAAGAACCAAAGUGGAAGGUGAGGGCAGUCUUACAGCUUAAAAGUGACAUUUAAUUUCAAUCUGAAUGCACCAUAUGUAUAGUAUAUAUUUAACUAUGCAGGUAAAUUAGGUGCCAUAACCUGUCGACAAUUAUUGACGUUAAAAGCACGUGAUAAAGUUUUGAAAAUUUUGGUUUUAAAUUUGAAUGCUUUAAAAACACUUAAUAUUUCAUCAUCUGUUGCCCAGAAUAAAUGUAUUUCACUAUGGUGCCCGAUUGUUUUAGACAAAUGGAAUGUUCAAACUAAAUGUAUAAAAAAAAGUAUCCAAACAUUUGGUGGUAGUGUCACGAAUACUGUACAUUUAAAAAUUAAAUCAUCGAGAUAAUUACUUUCAGUACAGGUCUGUUAAACCAACUGCACAUGUCCCCAAAUUCUUUUUACAAAAGGCCGUAGAAAUAGCCUCCAGGUUACGUAUUAGAAUACACACUUGUACCAGACUCUUAAGCUGUAAGUAAAGAGGAAACGUUUUGCACAAAGUCCCAGAAUUCAGCACUUGUGCCUACCCUGGGUCUGUCUGAUGACACCGGGGGCCCUGCAGGAACGGUGGUGCCAGGCAACCAGGUGCACACGCGUACAGAUUGUGCCUGGCAACCAGGUGCACGCGUGUACAGAUGGUGCCCCACGUCUACGGUACACAUACCGGCACUUGCUAUCAGGCUGUGUGCUCCGCGAGUCAGGGAGCUUGGUGGGUACACGAAAGAAGCAGUCAACAUGAUGUCAUGCCCAGGGUCAAUCAAUGUGGGACUCUGAAUAGCAGGGGGGUGCGUGCAAGUGGGAAAAAAUAUAUAUAUCUAUUUGUGGAUCGAGGUAUUUGUAUAUAGGCAAUGAUAGCAUGGUUAUCGUUAGAUGACAAACUAGGGUUUACUGCAUUGCAAAUCAACAGGUUAGGAGUAAAGUCAUUAGGAAGAGUAAGAACAAAGAGUUGUUUUAAUGGAUUCACGUUAAAUGAGGGCUCAAUUAGUGGGUUGUAAUGACUGGUUAGCUAGGAUGAGUUAUUUAAUGCUUCUCCUCCCCUCGAUUCGAUGAACCGUCACUAUUUGCAUUGUGGCGAUUGUAGCACCUCAAAUUUUUGCAGGGGUCAUGUAAACCAACUACAUACAAUGCGUAGCAAUACAACGUAAUGCAUGUAUCAUGAGAAUAAUCUUUAAUUGAGGAAUAAUGACAUGCCUUAGUAGGGUAGUGUAAAAGUAGGUUAGAAAAUCAGGUGUUAGGAAUAAUCUCAACUUCAUAUCAAGAUAUUCGCGGGUGUUAAGGUUGGUUCGGGGUAAAUGAAAUAGGGGUGGAGAGUAGAAUUGAACGAGUUAAAGUUUGAUCAGAGUGUGUCUUCGCAUGGCAGGGACAAAAGGCCCGAGUUCAGCUGGGGCCGAGCUCAGCUGGGGCCGAGCUCAGACCUCGAAGCCAGAGGCCGUGCCACUUUACGAGCAUUCACAACCAGCCGGCCAGGUCCCCCCCUCGCGGCUUGCAUCUUUCCAAUUGGUGCAAGCUAAUUGGAAAGAUGUAUAUGAAUGUAAAAAAAGUUAUGUAUAGUGUUGCACUUAAUCUUCUGCCCAUGUAUUAUUGUGUAAUUUAAUAAUGCAGUGAAUGAAGGAUGUAGUUUUCCAGGCUUUUAUUUGAUUAUUUUAUUUUUGUUUAUCUGGGCUAGGUUAAUUGCAUUGCCACGUCAGCUAAUGCAGGUGUCUUGGUACAUCUGUGAACACGACUAUAGUCUGGUUUUUGAGAACUUUUAGCAUUUCCACCAAUCUCCACCAGGCAUCCAUGUAUAUAUGCAGGUGUAUGUAACAUAGCUUACAGCUGUGGUGUCUGCAUUGUGGAAAUGUGUUUCAGAGCAGACACCAACCCCAGAAUGGCAAUUUUACAAAAACCCUGACAAGUAAACUUUUUAUUUUCCCCAAUUGUUUAAACAGAGGCGUUAAAACAGCGAUAACCAACAGUGGCUCGCCAAAUCACCAUAUGACUUCAUGUUACUCAAUUUUAUUUAUCAGUUAAAAAAAUAUAUGGAAAUGAAGAUUUUUCUUGAGUCUUGUGGUACCAUCCACCACACAUUUUCUAUUUGACACCAGACGUGUAUUACGCAGCUAUAUGCAAAAGCAACAAAAAAAAAUCGUGGCAAUUCUCUCUCUUGCAUGGCCACACGAGGCCUCGGAUAUGUAAAGAGCGUGGCGGACCGUUCUUCCCAGACCUCACGCCAGCGCCCGUGAGUCCACAUGGGAUUGUAUUGAGGCAGUUGCUUCACGAUGCUCCUCUAAACCCUGUGUGUUCGGGGCACUGCCAGUGUUGUCUGUUUUUAUGCCGAAAACGUCCUCGGAUCAUGACACCGUCUCAUUUGUCCAAGUUGGUUGGUUCGGGGUUUGACAGCAACGCUCAAACAAAUGGCAUCAUCUCACAGCCUUCUUCCUCACACAUGGCAUGUGCACGUUUGUCAACAAAACGAAGUGCAGUUUUACAUGAUAGAUGCCAAAGUGGUAUUACUCAAUUAAGAAAAAGUAAUUUUCUCCCGUUGCUGCCCCGAAAUGAAUCUUUUAGAAAUGCACAGAUCAUUAACAUCCAUCUGUAAAUACCUACAGGUGCCAUCCAUGCCGAUAAUGCACCUACAUUAGAUUUAUACCGCCAAUGCUAAAAUGCGUGUUGUUUACUACUUGUGUAUUCAUUGUAAGUUUGAUAUAUUCUUUGUUUGCCAAGUGACUUAUGUGUAUAAGUGUCAUAACAGCAUGGUUAAUAUCUUGUGUGGACAGAUGAACCGUUUGCUUCAAAAACUCACCGCUUUUGUGGGGAUUGAGGCUGGAGCGGCAGAUGUACAAUUUCUAAACCGUUUUCCUGCUCUCCAGCAAUACAUCCAGGGUGGUGGUUCUUCUACUUUUGUUCAUCCCUUGUAGAAUUGUAAAAUAAAAGCACCAUCAGUUAUGUGACGAGGGAUUGGAUAAUGGCCGUGCUCAUUUCAUAGAAACAAGCAUUUCCAUGUUCUAAAUUACUUUUAUUGGUUAUUGGAAUGUUAAAUCAUUUUGUACUUUAUACGUCUGUCGACCAUAUUUUGUGUUUUCUUUGCAAAUAAACGGCGACAUAUUU